AUGAUAUCUCCGGACUCCAUCACUUUUUUAGUCUCUUCAGUCUUGGGACUGGCCUUGGCAAUCCCUUCUAACACUUGUAUUGUGAUGGGUAAUCUGGACAUCAUCAGAAAGAAAGGGAAGUUGAGUCCCUCCGAUGUGAUCUUUCUGGGGAAGGGAAUUGUGAAUAUUCUCCUCCAGUGUUUGCUGAGCCUAGAGGGAAUGCUCUAUGUCUUGUGUCGGAAAGUCUGUUAUGUGACAGAAGUACGAGGAUUCAUGAAGACAUCAGGAUACUUCUUAGCAUAUUACAACUUCUGGUUGACCUUCUGGCUCUCGGCUCAUUACUGUACCAGCAUCACCAAUCUCAGCUAUGGGUUCUUCAUCUGGAUAAAGAGAAUUGUGUCCAAUUUCCUGAGUCACCUUCUAUUCCUGACAGCACUUGGGAUGUUCAUUGUGACUGUCCCGGGCUUCUGGGCUGUGUAUGGAGGAAGUAUCCCAUCUUCUGAUAACAGUACAGAAGACUCUGGUAAAACUUUCCAUAAAAUGUUUUCCUAUUUUGUGCCUGCAAACAUCCUAGGUGUCUUUCUUCCAUUCUGCCUUAGUCUUCUGUGUCUGGUCUUCACUUUCUCCUUUCUGCUCAGACACGUCUGGAGGGUGAAGAAUAACGACUCUGGAUCAACACGUCCAAAUCUUCAGGCUCAUGUCACGGCACUGAGGACAAUCUUCUUCUUACUUCUCAUUUUUACAUUUUUCUGUGUGUUUCAAGUGAUAGAUUUUCUUGAAAUUUCCUCACUGAUAACAGUCUGUUGGAAUUUACAAUUAUUAUCUCCAUCGGUGGAGGCCGCCGUCAUCCUCCAUGCCAGCAACAAGCUGAGAAUGAUCAUUCUGAGAAGAUUCUGGACCAGAAGCCAGAGGAACACAGAGACUUAA